ACCUUCCAUAUCAAAUCCAUACCAAAAAAAUAUUCAACACCAAAAAACCACCAUGGAAACUGACCUUAUUAUCAUGUUUAUGGUGGUAGCCACCACUUCAGCCUAUAUAUUAUGGUUCUACCACCUCUCAUGUCGUCUUUCCGGUCCAAAAGUUUACCCUUUCUUCGGCAGUCUUCCGGUUCUCUUCCUAAACCGGUCCCGAAUCCACGACUGGAUCGCGGGAAACCUGCGGUCCUCGGGUGGUAACGGGACUUAUCAGACUACUACCAUUGCCAUACCAUACUUUGCACGUAAACAAGGGUUUUAUACGGUCACUUGUAACCCUAAAAACAUUGAACACAUACUCCGGACCCGGUUUGAUAAUUACCCUAAAGGACCCACGUGGCAAACGGCGUUUCAUGAUCUUUUAGGUCAAGGGAUAUUUAACAGUGAUGGAGAAACGUGGUUGAUUCAGCGGAAGACGGCGGCGUUGGAGUUUACUACCCGGACGCUCCGGCAAGCUAUGGCUAGGUGGGUUAGCCGUACGAUUAAAACCCGGUUGUGGCGGAUUUUGGAGAAAGCUUCUGAAGAGGGUUUUCCAGUGGAUUUGCAAGAUCUUUUGCUCCGGUUAACGUUUGAUAACAUUUGCGGGUUGACGUUCGGAAAAGACCCUGAAACGUUGUCGGUUGAGCUUUCGGAGAACCCUUUUGCGACCGCAUUUGACUCUGCCACAGAGGCCACACUGCAACGGCUGUUGUACCCUGGGUUUCUAUGGCGGUUGAAGAAGCUUUUUGGGAUGGGUGCGGAAAUGAGACUAAGAAAAAGCCUACAAGUGGUGGAAAAUUACAUGACCGAGGCUUUAACUGCCCGUAAGUUAAACCCGUCAGAUGAUCUUCUGUCAAGGUUUAUUAAAAAACGUGACGUGGAUGGGAAUAUUUUCCCAAAUCACGUUUUGAAACGCAUUGCGUUGAAUUUUGUGUUGGCUGGUCGCGACACGUCAUCUGUCGCGCUCAGCUGGUUUUUCUGGCUGGUUAUGAAUAACCCGUCAGUUGAAUCUAAAAUCAUCAACGAGUUGACUAAAGUCUUAAAAGACACACGUGGCAGCGAUUUGAAAGCUUGGAUUUCGGAUCCACUAAUAUUCGAUGAAGCCGAUAGGUUAGUAUACCUAAAAGCGGCCUUAGCGGAGACCCUCCGUUUGUACCCGUCCGUACCAGAGGAUUUCAAGUAUGUCAUCAGUGACGACAUACUACCCGACGGAACUAGGGUUCCAGCGGGUUCCACUGUGACAUACUCGAUAUACUCUGUCGGGCGGAUGAAGAGUGUGUGGGGUGACGACUGCAUGGAGUUUAAACCCGAAAGGUGGUUGUCGGCCACCGGAGAUCGGUUUGAACCACCUAAGGACGGUUACAAGUUCGUGGCGUUUAAUGCCGGACCAAGGACAUGUUUGGGGAAAGAUCUAGCUUACUUGCAAAUGAAAUCGGUGGUGUCCGCAGUGCUCCUCCGUUACCGGCUGUCGUUGGUUCCCGGACACCGGGUGGAACAAAAGAUGUCUUUGACGUUGUUCAUGAAGAAUGGUCUUAAGGUAUACUUACACCCACGAGAUCUCACCACUGCAUAGAGCCAUUGGAGGGUAAAAGUGGGAAUUCAUUGUUUUUGAGGUUGUUGUAUAAACGUGUAUCAGAUACAUGUGUGUGUUCAAAUGUUUAGUAUUGGUCAUUAAUUUGUAUUUACUUUCUUCUUCAUUUUCUGGUCUAUUCGUCAUAUUGUAAUGCUUUGUUUGGCUUGAUGAAAAUCUUACCGAACUUUUCCAACUUAUACAUUAAACAAAUAUGAGUCA